AUGGUCGCCGACCAUGCUGACCUCUAUGUCCAGGACUUCGACAACGAGCUCCAGUGGACAGCCUCACCAAUCUCCGACUUCAUCGAGCUGCCCAUGAAGAUCACCUCAAACCGCGCCAUCACCGACAUCCCAGAGGUAGAAUACAGCGACGCCAGCGAAGUCAACCAGCCCGCCGAGCGACUCUUCCUCGAUGUCACACCUCAAAGCGCGGUCUUCGGCCAACCGCCGUCUAUCUCUCCCACUGGCAAUAUCACGGUCGCGCGCGUCGAUGGCGGACAGCUUCAUCCUUUCGUCCUCAGGUUCAUCUUCAUCUUCACUAAGGCGAUCAUCGACUACACCUCGGAGAGUAUCGAGGAAGCUCGCAGUGACCUCGAGAAGGAGGAGAAGAAGGCGCUUGGUCGAUGUUAUUUUAGGUCGGAGGUUUUCUAUGACGGCUUCGAAGUUGUGCGCGGGUGGAACACGAGGAUAGGCAAGCAGUCGGAGUGGGAAGCUGUUGAGAAUCCGUUUUGA